AUGUGCCAGGCACAGGAGCAAACAGUUGUUCAGGUGAGGGACUCGCGUGAAUCAGCCAUGCAUGGCAAUGAAGACGCUGUUUCGAGGAGGCUCGGGGGCACCAGCAGAAUCUAUUUGUAUUUCAUCAUCGCCACCCUCGUGGCAUUGCUCGUCUUUGCAUUGGCCACCAUCAUGAUCCUGGUGGUUCAGAGGACGGCACCUGAUCCUGCCAUGGAGGGCAUCAAAAAACCCAUCAGGACGGGGAACACCUUUGAAGACUAUUCCAGAAUCCUACAGCGUGUCCCAACCAAGGGAGCUGCUGCCUACAUGAGAGUGGCCAGCCCAGGGAACAGUUCCAAGCUGAGCCUGGUGGACAAGGGGAUUUGUGAGGACAUCCAGUGCAGGAAUGAAGAGCUGGUGAUAAAGGAACAAGGUGUCUACUUGAUCUACUGCCACUUGAACUUCCACCUCCCCAACUGUUCCAAAAGCCCCACUGACCUCAAGAUAGAGCUCCUUGUGAACGACAGGGUGGACAGGCAGACGUUGUCCACGUGGUGUGAGUCAGAAAGGUGCCAAGGGAAGGCUUUUAAGACCUUGUUCCAGCUCCAUUUGACACACCUGAAGGUGGAGGACCGAAUAUCAGUGGCACUUAAUCAUCCUCAGUUCCUGAAUGAAGAUUCCCUUCCCAACGAGAACGUCCUGGGGGUGCUGAUGUACAGCGACCAGAUGUGA